CAGUUUUACGUAAAAAUUUCACUGAAACGGUUUGCUUUCGUUAAGGCAACGGAUCGUCGUCAUCGAAGACAGACAUAUUUAACACAGAGAGUUUGUGUGUUCUUGUUUUUUUUUUUUUUCUUUAUUUGCCUUUUCGGAAAAAACUGAAUCUUAUAAAAAAAAAAGUUUAUUGCUGUGGAAUGUUCAGAUGAUAUUGCGAGAAAAGAAGAAUAUACGAAAAAGAAAAUAUUUGAAUUCAAUAAACAUCUCAAGCUGUCGUUUAAAAACAACGACGUGAUCUAACGUGUUCUUGACGCCUCAAAGCAAAUGCAAAAAAAAAAACACUGAAAAUACUUUGAAACCGCGAUAAAGGCAAAAGAAAUUGUUACACAUUACAAAGAAAAAUCGAAAAUCAUAACAUAUAACAACGCAAGUUAUAAGUUCCGUUUCGUAGCAUCGUCAAUAACACCACGACCACCAUGUCUCAUCAAUGCAGCUGCGGUCGUGACCUAAACAACAAUUAUGUGGGCUACCCCAGUGCCUAUGCCAACCCCAAUGCCAGGCUAGAUCGGGAGGCCAACUCGGCUAAAUCAUCAGCAGGAUCUCAGACACAGUUCACUGCCCAGCUUAUCGUGGGCACCGUGGGCUCCAUCAAAGAACUACGUGAAAAGGAGAAUUCCCGUCAGUCCAUGACACGUGCCUCUGAUCGCCGAAAUUAAGCAUCAGCUUCUUGUCGCUCUGUCUCUUUUGCUACUUUCCAGAAUUUCUUCGAUGCGGAUUCCAACAGAUGUGGUACAAAGAGAAAUUGGUUAAAGGAUACAUAUUGGGGAAAACCAAGCUACGAAGGUGAAUGUGAAAAACAGAAAUUGUGGGGGGAAGAGUACUGGGUUGGUCUCAAAGUGGCUUAUUGGUUGGAACCUUUGCAACAGUAGGUGUAGGCGUUGUAGAGAAUGUGUGAUUAUUUUUAGAAAAAAAUUUUAGUUGAAAAACCCCCAACAAAGUGAAAUUAUUUCCUUUUGUAAUUUAAUAAUAGUUCCAUUUAUUUAAUAUUCUUAAGUUAAAUCUAACGAAAACAAAACGAGAGUCUAUUUAGUACCGUCUUUAUGUUUUUAAUUCCACAAAACGGCAGAACAAUUUGUUUGUCAACCCAUUGGAAAUUGAAACUUUGUUAAAAUAAGCUUCAAACGAAUUAUUUUUUCUUUUUUUUUAAGUUUUAAGUUCUUUGCGUUUUUCAGUUUUUUUGUUUUUUUUUUUUUUUUGUUAAUUAUUAUAAUUUAUUAAUUUUGUUGUGUAUAAUAUUAAUAAUGUUAUUAAAUAUUCGCUUGGCUUUUCCUCCUUCAUUUAAUUGAGGCCUUCGUAUAAUAAAUAUUUUACCUUACCUUA